AUGCAGGAGGAAGCAAGAAGCAAAAUAGCGAGAUGCAAAGAGGGAAAAGAAGAGAAGUGGGAGGGAGUUAUGCCAAAGCGAGGCACAACAGAACAGAUCAGCGAGCAGCUUCAGGCGGUUCUGCUGCGUGAUGAGGUAAGGCAAGGUCAAGGUAUCCGUACGGACGGAUGA